AUGUCGUGUCCUCAGGAAAAGGCAUUGUAUCAUCAUCACUUCAUCACAAGAAGAAGAAGGUUUUCGCAUUUCCAGCGUCCCAUGAGAAUUUUUGUGAAUGAUGAUCGCCAUGUGAUGGCAAAACAUUCUUCCGUGUACCCAACGCAAGAGGAGCUGGAGGCUGUGCAGAAUAUGGUAUCUCACACUGAGCGGGCCCUCAAGGCUGUUUCUGACUGGAUUGAUGAGCAGGAGAAGGGCAGCAGCGAGCUUGCUGAGGCAGAAAAUAUGGACACGCCCCCAGAUGAUGAGAGCAAAGAAGGGGCUGGGGAACAGAAGGCGGAACACAUGACUAGGACCCUGAGGGGCGUGAUGCGGGUCGGCCUGGUAGCCAAGGGUCUUCUGCUCAAGGGGGACUUGGAUCUGGAGCUGGUUCUACUCUGUAAGGAGAAGCCCACAACCACCCUUCUGGACAAGGUGGCUGACAACCUGGCCAUCCAGCUCACUACUGUAACAGAAGACAAGUACGAAAUACUCCAGUCUGUGGAUGAUGCUGCGAUUGUGAUAAAAAACACAAAAGAGCCCCCCUUGUCCUUGACCAUCCACCUGACCUCCCCUGUUGUCAGAGAAGAAAUGGAGAAAGUAUUAUCUGGAGAAACGCUAUCAGUCAACGACCCCCCGGACGUUCUGGACAGGCAGAAAUGCCUUGCUGCCUUGGCGUCCCUCCGACACGCCAAGUGGUUCCAGGCCAGAGCCAAUGGGCUGAAGUCUUGCGUCAUUGUCAUCCGUGUCCUAAGGGACUUGUGUACCCGAGUGCCCUCCUGGGGUCCCCUCAGAGGAUGGCCUCUGGAGCUGCUAUGUGAGAAGUCCAUCGGCACUGCCAAUAGGCCAAUGGGUGCUGGCGAAGCCCUUCGAAGAGUGCUGGAGUGCCUUGCAUCCGGCAUCGUAAUGCCAGAUGGUUCUGGCAUUUAUGACCCUUGUGAAAAAGAAGCCACUGAUGCUAUUGGGCAUCUAGACAGACAGCAACGGGAAGAUAUCACACAGAGUGCGCAGCAUGCUUUGCGGCUCGCUGCUUUUGGUCAACUCCAUAAAGUCCUAGGAAUGGACCCCCUGCCUUCCAAAAUGCCCAAGAAACCAAAGAACGAGAACCCAGUGGACUACACUGUUCAAAUCCCCCCCAGCACCACCUAUGCCAUCACACCCAUGAAGCGCCCUAUGGAAGAGGAUGGGGAGGAGAAGUCUCCCAGCAAAAAGAAGAAAAAGAUCCAGAAGAAAGAGGAGAAAGCCGAGCCUCCCCAAGCUAUGAAUGCCCUGAUGAGGCUAAACCAGCUGAAGCCCGGGCUGCAGUACAAGCUGAUCUCCCAGACAGGUCCUGUUCAUGCCCCCAUCUUCACCAUGGCUGUGGAGGUAGAUGGCAGUACCUUCGAGGCCUCAGGGCCAUCUAAAAAGACCGCCAAACUACAUGUAGCUGUAAAGGUGUUACAGGACAUGGGCUUGCCAACAGGCGCUGAAGGCAGAGACUCCAGCAAGGGGGAGGACUCAGCUGAGGAGUCAGACGGGAAGCCAGCAGUAGUGGCCCCACCCCCUGUGGUAGAAGCUGUCUCCAACCCUAGUUCUGUCUUCCCUUCAGAUGCCACUACUGAGGACGUCAAGCAGCAGGGGCCAAUAUUGACUAAGCAUGGCAAGAACCCAGUAAUGGAGCUUAAUGAGAAGAGACGUGGCCUCAAAUAUGAGCUCAUCUCUGAGACUGGGGGCAGCCACGACAAACGGUUUGUUAUGGAGGUUGAAGUAGAUGGACAGAAGUUUCAAGGUGCUGGUUCAAACAAAAAGGUGGCAAAGGCUUAUGCCGCUCUUGCUGCAUUAGAAAAGCUUUUUCCUGAUGCCCCCCUUGCCCUUGAAGCCAACAAAAAGAAAAGAGCCCCUGUACCUGUCCGAGGUGGACCCAAAUUUGCUUCCAAGCCACACAAUCCUGGCUUUGGUAUGGGAGGCCCCAUGCAUAACGAGGUGCCCCCACCUCCCAACCUUCGAGGCCGGGGUCGAGGAGGCAACGUCCGUGGGCGAGGACGAGGGCGAGGAUUUGGUGGUGCCAACCAUGGAGGAGGCUACAUGAAUGCUGGUGCCGGAUAUGGAAGCUAUGGGUACGGCAGUAAUUCAGCCACAGCAGGCUACAGUCAGUUCUACAGCAAUGGAGGGCAUUCUGGGAAUGCCGGUGGUGGAGGCAGCGGGGGCGGUGGUGGCUCGUCCAGCUACAGCUCCUACUACCAAGGAGACAGCUACAACUCACCAGUGCCCCCGAAACAUGCUGGGAAGAAGCCGCUGCAUGGGGGCCAGCAGAAACCCUCCUACAGCUCGGGCUACCAGUCCCACCAGGGCCAGCAGCAACCCUACAGCCAGAGCCAGUACAGCAGCUACAGCACGCCGCAGGGCAAGCAGAAAGGCUAUGGCCACGGGCAGGGCAGCUAUUCCUACUCCAACUCCUACAACUCCCCUGGUGGCGGUGGGGGCUCCGACUACAGCUACGACAGCAAAUUCAACUACAGUGGUAGUGGAGGCCGCAGUGGCGGGAACAGCUAUGGCUCCAGUGGGUCAUCCUACAACACAGGCUCACAUGGGGGUUACGGCGGAGGUUCUGGGGGCAGCUCUUCAUACCAAGGCAAACAAGGAGGCUACUCAUCACAGUCAAACUACAGCUCCCCUGGGUCCAGCCAGAGCUACAGCGGCCCUUCCAGCUCGUACCAGUCCUCACAAAGUGGCUACAGUCGGAACACAGAGCACAGCAUGAACUACCAGUACAGAUAAAGGCCCAGGCUGCCCCUCUCACCGUCUGCACCUCUGCCUCCAACUCGUCUCGGGAGAUUGAGUCUGCACAUCACCAGUUGCCAUGUCCACUGGCGCAGUGCCCACCCGUCCAUGUUGCCGAUGUUGCCACGCUGUGAGGUGUGGUGGUCCCUGGGACCCGUGCCGUGACCCCUAUUUAGCUGUGUUUGGGACUCCGUGUCUUCAGUGGUUUGUUAGUUGCCUUGUCUGAGUAGUGGUCGAGUUCUUGCCGUGUGGUAUCCCUCUGUCUGUUUAUGCCCGGUGUGGGUUCCAUCGGGUGUCCUUAAAUAGUUGCAGAAGGGGUAUGUCAUCUGUUAAUGCUUUUUGUGAAGUGAGUUAAAUGAGCUUUCUUUAUUUUAAUGCUUUAGUGUUUCAGUUUUAUAAGUGAAAAUUUUAUUUUAAAAACCAGUGGGAAAGAAUGGUUUGGUUUUUUGUUUUGUUUUUUCGUUUGUUUUUGUUUUUUUUUUUUUUGUUUGUUUGUUUGUUUUUGUUUUUUUUGGUAUGUCUGGAUCAUUCAGGCAGUAUAUUUGAAUUCCGCUGAAUGUAGACAAAUAAAGAAAAACAAAACUGCU